AGUUCCCUUCUGUGGAGCCUGAGUCAGAGCCCAGUCCUGCACGCUGAUUCACCCAGCCAUGUCUCAUCCUAAUCAUGGCAGAGCAGGAACUCUUACCCUCUCCCAGCAACGUCUAAAGUCAGUUUUUCAGGAAAGGAGCUUAAAACAGAACCAAAUUCAGCCGGUGUUGGAACUCUCAGUUCCAGAGGGGCGUGGUUUAUAGCUCACAGGCCUGCUGUUGGACUUCAGCUCUGACCCACAGAAGGACGUCAGAAACUACUCAAGACAUUCACCGUGCGCCGGUCAGCACUAGCCAUGACGAAGACUUCUACAUGCAUAUACCACUUCCUUGUUCUGAGCUGGUAUACUUUCCUCAAUUAUUACAUCUCACAGGAAGGAAAAGACAAGGUGAAAUCCAAAAUCUUUGCAAAUGAUGCAAGGUGGAAAUACCUGACACUGCUUAAUCUGCUCAAGAGCAGGACUGCUGGGUUUGGCGUCUACCAGCCAGGAAGCUUUAGGCAGCUCUUGCAGACCAUUUUCUACGGGGUCACCUGCCUGGAUGAUGUGCUGAAAAGAAUCAAAGGGAGAAAAGACAUUAAGUUCCUAACUGCCUUCAGAGACCUGCUUUUCGCCACACUGGCUUUCCCUGUAUCCACAUUUGUAUUUUUGGCAUUCUGGAUCCUCUUUCUCUACAAUCGAGAUCUCAUUUACCCCAAGGUCCUAGAUACUGUCAUCCCAGCGUGGCUUAAUCAUGCAAUGCACACUUUCAUAUUCCCCAUCACAUUGGUUGAAGUCGUCCUCAGGCCUCACUCCUAUCCAUCAAAGAAGACCGGACUCACCUUGCUGGCUGCCGCCAGCAUUACUUACAUCAUCUGCAUCCUGAGGCUCUACUUUGAGACAGGUACCUGGGUGUAUCCUGUGUUUGCCAAACUCAGCCCCGUGGGUCUAGCAGCUUUCUUCUCUCUCAGCCACAUCUUCAUCGCCAGCAUCUACCUACUUGGAGAGAAGCUCAACCACUGGAAAUGGGGUGACAUGAGGCAGCCACGGAAGAAGAGGAAGUGAUUGCACACCGUUUUCCAAGAACCAAGAAGGAAGAAAACACAAGAGAUUUUUCUCAUCUUUUUUUUUUUUUUUUUUUUUUUUUCUGAUGGAGGGAGGUGGUGGAGCAACAUAGGAAAUCAGGAGGGAAAGAGAGUGAUACUUAAAUUUAAUAAGAGGUUCGUGAAGGGAGCUUAACAUGAGAACUCUUGGUUUUUUGAAAGGUUGACUGCACAUGCCAAAAACAACUCCUGCCAUCUCAGAAUUGAUGACUUUUGACCUUCAUGGAGGAUGGUCUCUGGUUAAAACCUGGCCAAAGAAACUCACAUAAACUUGGUGUUAGAGAACAUCUAGAGAGAGAGAGAGGAACUUAGAGUCAUUUAAACUCUUCAGUUUACAGAGGAGGAUGCUGAGGACCUAAAUGAGAAGUUACCUGCACAAGGCAAAAGGGUUACUUAGUGUCAGAACCAGGGCAAUGGCUUCUGUCUCCCGGAUCUCCUAGCUACCAGUCCUGGGCCUUUUUUUUUUUUUUUAAUAAUCCCAACUUUCCUUUAAAAACCAAGCAUUUCAGUAAGCUAGUUAUUUUCAUGGAUUGCUCAUCCAUUUUUUUUCAAUGAUCUAAAAAUGUAGGGCAAUGGCUACUACUGAAGUUGUCUGUCUACUUGGGAUAAUAGCAAAUUAAUUGGAGACAAUGGGAAAGUAAGUUAUAAAAAAUACUGGGAAAUCUGUUUCUCUUCUAAGCAAGCAUUCAGGGCAGGUGUUAGUGACAUUGUCAAAACCUCCUCCAUUUGAACAUUGAUUAAUUCAUCAAAUAAAUGGUGUAUUAAUACUUUUACUUGCAGAAGAAUCUGGAUGGGAAGUGAUAGAAUUAUGAGAGCUGUUGAGAUUGCUUUGCUACAAAACACUUUUCUGAAUGAAUGUGUGUUUUAACAAAGCUGAUUUUCAGAUGCUUAACAAGGAUUCAUGAUCCCUCCUGUGAUUUUCCUAGUGUUAUUUUCCUGGCACAAAUGGCAAAUGUCUAUUGGUGGGUAAACAUAUUUGAGUCUACUAGUAUGUCACUAGGCUUAUAUGGGUUGGGGUGUGGACACUGAAGAAAAUUGCACUUGGACUUCCCAACCUAACAUUAUAUAGGAAAAAUUUGGUAAAAAUGAGCAAGAGUGGUCUUGAAGUGUUACAGAAGAGGAUAGAAUAUCUCAGGGAGGAAGGCAGCCCAAGGGAAGACCAGGACAGGCACCAAGAAACCUGCUUAAUCCCCACUUCUUUUUCUACUGUUCUGUUAAUAUGGGCCUCAAGUCUUUUCCAGAGGGAGCUGGGAAUACCACCUCUUUCCCCACAUCUCUGCAGCCUCUUCACUGCUCCAAGCACCUGGUCUCAGCAGGAGCUCAGAAGCAGUUGCCACAGUGGAAAUUCCCCAAACGUGAGGCCCUCGGGGGAUCACCCAAAUUUUCCACACCCCAAAGGUGACUCGGGCUGCGUAAACUCGCAGUCACAGUAAGCUCUUGGUGGGGACGAGCCUGCAAGUUUCUAUUUGUGGAUUUACUGGGCCUAGGACCAAAUUAAACCUUGAUCACAGCA